AUGACUACACAGAGGAGGGACUCUGUGAGACGCAGGGCGUCUCUGAUCUCUUCUUCUCAUGAUAUGCCGCGAAACUUAUCCCUCGAAUUCAGUCUUCCGGAGCUCGAUCGACGGCAAGAUGCUGAUCGAGAACCCGUACCUUCUCGCAAUCCCACCACUCUUGACUCAUCAACGUCAUGGUCAGAAUCACUCAUGAUGCAACAAGAUGAAGAUUUACCAGAAUACGCCGAGCGGGUCUUUUCGCAGUUCAUGGUCUUCACAGUCCCGAGCUACUUGCAACAUCACGUCACGGGCGGCGAACCGAACAAACCGAAGAAAUUGCACGAUAUCGCGGCGUUGGAUGGCUUGAGAGGAUGGGCGUGUCUGCUCGUCUUCAACUUUCACUUCUUUUUCACUUAUACAUGGCAUACACAUAUUGGCUGGGGUUUCAAUAAGCAGUAUUUUGGAUUGCAUCAGCUACCGUUCAUUCACAUGAUCUUUUCGGGGCAUAUCAUGGUUGCCAUUUUCUUCGUUAUUUCGGGUUAUGUUCUGUCCUAUCGACCGCUCAAGACGAUUCGAAGUGGAUCAUUUGAACAGACUUUUGCCGUGCUUUCUUCGGCAACGUUUCGACGUGGGCUGCGUCUCUAUAUUCCGUCCAUUGUCGGUCUGUACAAUUACUCUCGAUGGGUCGUGGACAAUAGUCGAACGAUUACCGGCACAAACGAACAGCAUCCGAUUAUUUUGCGAUCGACAUACAUACAACUCUGGGACUGGUAUAAUACGAUAUGUCGGUUGAUGAAUUUUUGGGAUUGGGGGCUUUAUUAUAAUAACUACAAUCCUCAUCUUUGGACGAUCCCUGUUGAAUUCCGCAGCUCUAUUGUGCUGUUUGUCACGAUUCUUGCUGUCAGCCGGUUCAGGACCAAGGUUCGCUUGAUUUUGGAGAUUUUGACGCUCUGGUUCUGCAUACGAUGGGGCCGAUGGGAUGUAGUGCUCUUUCUGAGCGGCUUGCUUCUUGCUGAGAUUGACCUUGAAAAUGGAAUCUGGAAUACCGACACCACCACUAUCUCCAAACCUGAAUCUGCGCCAGCAACUGUGCCAGAUUUAGAAAAACUCGCCGACACCACCUCGAUUCAAAACUUUCUCCGCCGACGACAAAAGGCAAUCUGGAUAGGCGUUUUCAUCCUAGGGCUGUACAUAGGCUCAUCGCCCAACAUCGGCGGACUCUAUACCCCAGGAUAUGUCUGGCUUGCUCGUAUAACCCCAAAAACAUAUCCCGAACCUCAUCGAUUCCCCCAAACCCUCGGCGCAGUCAUGAUCGUCGCAAGCAUCAACAAUUCCAAAACGAUCCAGAAAAUCUUCAUAAACCCACUAUCCCAAUACCUCGGCCAAAUCUCCUACGCAUUCUACAUCGUCCACGGCCCGAUUUUACACGGUCUAGGCUAUACUCUGAUGCACAAUAUCUGGCAAAUCACAGGACGCGAGACGACGUUUCAAUUCCUGUUCGGUGCUGCUAUUGGAUGGAGUAUUUGUUUGCCUAUUGCCCUCUGGCUAGCAGAUAUUUUCUGGCGAGCAGUGGAUGUCCCCAGUGUCCGAUUUGCGCGUCAAUUGGAGAGUGAAUUGCUUGCCAAGUUUCAGGUUUCGAGAUAA